AAGUGUAGUUUCCUUCUUUAAUUUCGGUUUGAACAAUUUUAAAAAAAAUUAAGAUUGUUGUAAACUUGAAUGAAAAGAAUCGGGUAAAUUAUUUUACACUGAAAACAAAAAACGAAAUAAUUAGCAAAGGCAACCUAAAUAUUCACACUGAAAACAAAUAAAUGCAAACUUACCAUUCUUGAAACCAAAUCACCAAAAUGCAAUUUGGCAAUCUCCAAUGAUUCUUGAAGCCCAAGGCAAAGGCAAAGGCAAAGGCUCAGCUCAGACCUCCUUCAUAAAUAUAAUUACAAUUCCUAUUCUUGCUUUCUAUGAUCAAUUUGAAGGAAAUGGUCGUUCCCCAGUCCGUCUCCGCCGUCUUCUCCGCCUACGCCUCCUUCGCCACCACCAUGAUGCUCUUCCGUUCUGUCACCAACGAUCUCCUACCCGCCAAAUUCAUUUCCUUUCUCUCUUCAAUUUACGUCUACUUCUUCGGAUCUGUUUCUUCUCAGACCAAGUUUGUCAUCGACGAGAAUUCUGGGAUCACCGUGAAUGAAGUCUUCCAGGCCGCCGAGAUUUAUCUCCGUACCAGAAUCAACCCUUCUAUCGACAUUCUCAAGGUCCACAAAAGCCCCCGCCAGAAGAAUAUCACGCUUUCCAUCUACAAGGACCAAGAAAUCACCGAUUACUUCCAAAACAUUCGCCUCCAGUGGCGAUUGGUCUGUUUCGCAGAUCAACACAAUGCUAACACAGAGAUACGCCACUUUGAGCUUUUGUUCCCCAAGAAAUUCAGGGACAGAGUUGUCGAUUCCUAUUUGCCUUAUGUGUUGUGGAGAGCCAAGGAGCUUGAAGAGGAGAACAAAGUUGUGAAGAUCUUUAGCCAGGAAUGUCAGUAUGAUGACUACGCCGGCUACGGAAAAUGGGGCUCUGUAAAUCUGGACCGUCCGGCAACGUUUGAUACGCUGGCCAUGGAACCUGAGUUGAAGCAAUGGAUAAUCGACGAUUUGGAUAGGUUUGUUAGGAGGAAAGAUUUCUAUAGAAAUGUGGGGAAGACUUGGAAGAGGGGAUAUUUGUUGUAUGGUCCUCCUGGUACGGGAAAAUCAAGCUUAAUUGCUGCCAUCGCUAACUACCUUAGGUUUGACAUUUACGAUUUGGAUCUCUCCAACAUGUACAGCUAUAGCGAUCUCAGGAGAAUUCUGUUAGCCACCAAAAAUCGAUCGAUAUUGGUGAUUGAGGAUAUAGAUUGCAGUGUGAAAAUACAGAAUCGCGAGAGUGGGAAACAUUUUGAUCAAUCCAACGGCAAGUUUACUUUGUCGGGGAUGCUUAAUUUCAUCGACGGCUUAUGGUCAAGUUGUGGAGACGAAAGAAUCAUAAUGUUUACAACGAAUCACAAGGAGCGAUUGGAUCCUGCAUUGCUGCGGCCGGGUCGGAUGGAUGUGCAUAUAAACAUGUCGUAUUGUAGCCGUCAAGGGUUCAAAGUGUUGGCGUCGAAUUACCUGGGCGGGGAAGCGACUGAGCAUCGUGUGUACAGAGAAAUAGAAGAGUUGAUCGGAGAUAUGGAAGUAUCACCGGCAGAAAUUGGGGAAGAGCUAAUGAAGGGCGAGGAAGCGGAAGGCGUUCUUGGAGGUCUGGUGGAUUUUCUGAAACGUAAAAAGGAAGAACAGAGGAAGGAGAAAGAGGUGAAGAAUGAAGAGCAAAAAAAAGAAUGGGAUAAAAUUGAGGAGGAAGAAGAAAGAUGUUGAUGACGAAGUCAAAAAGGACAAAAUGGGAAUUUGAGAAAUAGAAAGGCAAAAAAUUGGAUAUGAAUAUAGAGGGCGUGGGAUGGAUGUGAAUUCCAGUUUUUGUUUGGCUGAGGGCCGGGUUGACUCGGGUUGGGAUGAGUGAAUGGGUCCGAGUUGAGUGAUUUCAAGAAUCACCAGAGUAUGAAAGUUGAAUUUCUGAGGCAUUGGUUUUGAGUCUUCACAUAUGGGAGGGAGAAUAGAGAAAACAGAAAUUUGUUUCAAUGAAAACAGAAUAAUUUUGUGGUUAAA